GGCUUCCCCUCCCGGCUGCGGCUAUAUAAAGUCCUCCUGCAUCCUGCUCCCUGCCCGCGACGUGCCACCAUGAAGGCUGUCCUUGCGCUACUGGCCAUUGCCUUGGCCCUGCAGCCAGGGGCUGCUCUGCAGUGCUACUCCUGCACCGCCCAGGUGAGCAACCGGGACUGCCAGAACGUGGAGAACUGCAGCCAGACAGACACCUACUGCUGGACGUCGCGUGUCCGUGCCAUCGGAGUCCUGAAGCUCAUCAGCAAGGGCUGCACCUCUGAGUGUGUGGAUGACGCAGACAACUACUACGUGGGCAAGAAAAACAUCACCUGCUGCUCCACCGACCUGUGCAAUGUCAGCAGGGCCUAUGGCCUGCAGCCGGCCACCACCCUAGGGCUGCUCACUGUACUCAUUGGCCUGCUACUGUGGGGCUCUGGGCAGUUGUAGGCUCCAGGAACCGUGGGCCCCUAGUUCUGGCCUUCCUGGCUCAGGUCCUGAACACACUUCACACAGCUCUGCCCUGACCUGCCCCUCGGGGGACCCCCUCCAGGACUCCACUCAGUGUCCACCCAUCCUAGAGACAGGAACAGUCUGCAGCUUCCCAGUGCCCCAAUGGGCCCUUCAUCUCUGGUCAGGUGUCUCCUUCCUCAGGAUGCCUUUCUCCCCACCCUCUCCAGGAGCUGGAGCCAAGUCUGUGUGGGAUGGUUGAGAAGAAAGAGGUUGGGCAGCAGUGGAGGCUGGGUGUGAGGUCCUGGAAGAGACCUGGGGGACAGCAGCCCCAACACAGUGGCCUUAAUAAACACCUCUUGGGUAAGUGGGA